CGUAUGAUGUCACUGAAGUCAAUUUAGGACUUGCUUUUGAUUCUUGUAGACCUUAAUUUGUUUUUACAAUUAACCGUGGAUUAAGACUUGUUGAAAGCCAGUUAACAGAAUGAUGUCGAGAGCGGAAAUGAGCAAGAAAUUAUAUUAUAUUAAAAAAAAAACACGGUGGAGUACUGGAAUCGGUGCUGCUUUGCCAGAAGCAUAUAAAAAGUUUUGGAAAGAAUGGAAGACACAGCCAUCUGCAGUUCACUAUAUUGAAAAUAAAGCCAAAUAUGUAAGAAAUGAGGAAACUGAAGAAGUGUCCAAAGUACAAAAUAUACCAAUACCUUUAAUGUAUUCCAAGGAAAUGCACAAUGGUAUAUGGGGAGGUGAAGCUAUUAUAAAAGGUUUCAAAAAGAAGGGAAAAUUUAAGAGAAAGGUUGCACACUUUUGGUUGCCUGAUUUGCAGAGAUCAGUUCUCUAUAGCGAAGUUCUUGAUUCCUACAUGAGAGUUGUGAUUACUCCUAGAGUAAUCAGAUUAAUUCAUGAACACUAUGGAUUUGAUCAUUAUUUGCUAAAGACACCAGCUUGUGACUUACAAUCUCUACUUGCAUUAAAAUUAAAACGCGAGAUACUCAUAGCAUUAGCUGAUAAAACUCUCUAUCCUGACGAUCCCGAGAAACAUGAGGAAGUAUAUGUGAAAUACAAGCAAUAUCUAUCAGCUUACACAAGAGAAGACAUUGAAUGGUAUGGUUUAUCAUACCAAGAAGCAUGUAAAAAAUUGAACCAACUUAUGAAAACGAGUCCACAACCUCUGAAGAUUCAAUAUAGGUCAGAAUUAAUUGCCAAACUCAAGGAGAAUAAGAUAAAAGAAGCUGAAAAUGUGGAUGUAGUAUCACCGGCAGAAACAGAUGUCUCUUGGCUGUCGAAAUUAAAUCCUUUCUCCAAAAAUUCGAAGCGUGACUAGGUAAUUCCGUUUGUUAUAUAAUAUGAAUCAAGUCAACAUUCAAGUUGAUAAGUAAUGCAAAGCAUUAUUUAAAUUUGUAGUAGCAAAUAUUUUUCAAUUAUUUCGUAGAUGUAUUUAAUGAAUAAGAUGUAUAUAAGAAAAAGACGAUAUAUUUAAAAUCAA